UACAAAAUGCGUUGGGAUAUAUGCGAUAACAAUUGCGAAGAGUGUCAAUCAUUUAUAGCCGAUUUAGAAACGGCACGCUCGAUACUAAUUAAUCAUAUUAGCCAAAACGAGGGUUGUGCAGUGCAAGACGUUAAAAACAGCAUGAUAAAUGAUCGCUUAAAUUAUGCUAAACGUGUCAAUCUCAAAGUUUUUCAGUUGAAAGGUGAUAUGUGUGAAAAAGCACAAAGACUUAAUUAUGAAGUCUCCGCUUAUUAUGACGCGACUGUUAAUUUUUCAAAUUACCGGAAGGAACCAGCUCAACCACCAGUUCAACAAGAAUACAAAUUUGGUACCUUACCCACGUAUUCACUUCCCUCUAAUCACCUACGCCCCAGUUAUUUCCGCGGAGAAGGCCUACCACAGCCUACGAGCAGCUCUCUGUCGCUGAAAUCACCAACGCCUGCUUCGAGCCACCAACUGUCGUACCUGGUGGAGAUAUCGCCAAAGUACAACGUGCUGUCUAACACGACAGCCAUCGCCGAGGCCUGGGCUCGUCUUGACCACAAGUUCGACCUUAUUAUGUACGCGAAACGUGCCUUCGUACAUUGGUACGUUGGUGAAGGUAUGGAGGAAGGUGAUGAGUUCUCUGAGGCUCGUGAAGAUUUGGCUGCUCUUGAGAAAGACUACGAAGAGGUCGGCAUGGACUCUGCUGAAGGUGAAGGCGAGGGAGCUGAAUAA